CAAAAGUCGCAGGCUGUCCCCAGCAGCAGGAGGCAGCAGCCAUCGCUCAAACCCUUACCUAACAACCUUAGAAACCUAUUACCCUAACGCCUUAGGCGAAUAGUGACAAGAAGCCAAAUAAACUUUCGCUUUUCAGUCUUUUAAUCCUAAUAACUCCUCCCCUAAUCCUUAAAAACCCCAACAAAAGAACUGCUUCAGUACCCGCCCCGGCCAAAAUGGAAGCCCGUUUUCCCGGGAAAAACUUACCCCCAACCAAAACCCAAAAAAAAAAAAAACAAAAAAGGAAAAACUCAGAUAUUUAUAUCCCAAACUAACAGAUAGAUAGAAUAGAAGUAUCAGAAAAACUACAAACAAAACACCAAAGCCUAAACCAUUUCUCUUUCUCUUCUUCUCCUCUCUCUAUCCCACACACACGCACACGCGCACGCGCACACGUUUUAACAAGAACAACUCCGUCGCUUUGUCGUCGAGAUUACAAAAUCAACGGUGGUGAUGGAGAGAGAAUGAGGAAGAACCAACGGCUACGAUUGCCGUCAUCGUCGUCGUCGUUUUCGUCAUCAUUACUAGCGUCAAAACCACUAUCAAUAUGUCGGUAUCGUGUUCCGAUUGCUUCACGGACUUACUCUGCUGCGAGGAUUCCGACGAGAUAUUCUCCGGCGAGUCCCCGGAAUGCUCGUCGGAGCUGGACUCUCCGGCGUCGUUCAUCGAGGAAUCCUCCAUCGCUGGCUUUAUUGAAGAUGAAAGGAACUUCGUCCCCGGAUUCGAUUACCUGGCUCGGUUUCAGUCCCAGUCUCUUGACGCAUCGGCUCGAGAAGAAUCUGUUGCAUGGAUUCUCAAGGUGCAAGCAUACUAUAAUUUCCAGCCUUUGACGGCGUAUCUCUCCGUUAACUACCUGGAUCGGUUUCUGUAUUCCCGCCGCUUGCCGCAAACUAGUGGGUGGCAAUUGCAACUUUUAUCUGUUGCUUGCUUGUCGUUAGCGGCUAAGAUGGAGGAACCUCUUGUUCCAUCUCUCUUAGAUCUUCAGGUAGAGGGUGCCAAAUAUAUUUUUGAACCAAAAACAAUCCGCAGAAUGGAGCUGCUUGUGCUCACGGUUUUGGAUUGGAGGCUACGAUCAGUAACGCCAUUCAGUUUCAUUGCUUUCUUUGCUUGCAAGCUCGAUCGAACAGGAACUUUUAUCGGGUUUCUGAUCUCAAGGGCAACGGACAUCAUUUUAUCCAAUAUCAAAGAGGCCAGCUUUCUAGAGUAUUGGCCGUCAAGCAUUGCUGCUGCAGCGAUACUAUGUGCAGCCAAUGAAAUUCCAAACUUGUCUCUUGUUAAUCCUGAACAUGCUGAGUCAUGGUGUGAUGGACUAAGCAAAGAGAAAAUCCUUAGCUGCUACCGGUUAAUGCAAGAACUUGUGCUUGACAAUGCCAGGAGGAAAGCACCAAAGAUCUUACCACAGCUUCGGGUAACAAUCAGGGGCAGAAUGAGAUCCAGUGAGUCAUCAUCCUCAUCUUCCUCAUCACCUUCUUAUAAAAGGAGAAAAUUAAAUAGCUGCUUGUGGGUAGAUGAUGACAAAGGAAACUCUGAGUAAGGUGAAGGGGGAAAUAAUAAAGAAAAAGGUGGGGGGAGAAAAAAGAAAACAAAAAGGGGUGGCCCAAGUUGUCUAGAAACCUCGAUAUUUUUUUGGAGGGUUUUGAGAGAGUAAAUUGACUUGAGUGAUGUAGAUUAUUUAGUAUAUAUAUCUAUAUAUAUAUAUAUAUAUAUAUUAUGUAUGUAUGAAAGAGUUUGGUGAGUUUGGAGAUUUAUUAAUUUUUUUGUUGGUGGGCAUUGCCAUUAAUACGUUAAUGGCUUUGCAGAUUCCCAAGGGAGUGGGGAUUUGUUUACAUAAACAUAUGUGUGUGAGAAAGUUAGGGAAAGACGGGGAAAAGCCAUGUUUAAUAUAGUGGGAGCCAUGAAGUGUGAAAGAAGUGGGGAGGGGAUUGAAUUCAAAGCCUGCAUUGAUUAUUGAAUGAAAGGUGGAGGAGAUGGUGGGUCCCCCAGGCAGUAGGCAGAGGGAUAGAGAAAAGAGGGGAGAAAAUUUCUGAGAUGGUUCGGCGGAGUUAGGGAUUGAACGUUGAAGUUCAGCAAGAUGAGAUGAGAGGUUUUAAAGUCAAGGUUCCCCAUCUAGCCCACUAUCAUUGCUUCAACAUCUGCUUCUUCUCUCCAUUGAGUACUAUUGACAACGCACAAAUAUUGGAUGAAAAAGGAGAAAUAAAUAUGAAAUAUGGAAUAUGGGUCGGCUCCUUUCUUUAUAGCCUUCAUUUUCUUUUGAGUGGUUUGUGUGCACACGCAUUCGGCAUGUGUGGCACGCACGUGUGUAUGUGUGGUUUUUUGGCGGGAAAUGCCUCUUAUUCUAAUGGCCUUGACCUUUGGCCUAACCAAUACUGGACUUUUUCCAAUGGUGUUCAUGCGUGUGAGGGUCACAUGUGUGUAUACUUUUUAUUUUUAUUUUAUUUUUUUUAAUUUUUUAAUUGAAAUUUUCCCUCAGAUGAGAAAGAAUACUCUUUCAUGGCCAGCGAUUGGCCUAACAUAUACGAAGGUCUUUGGGGCCUUUCAAGCGUGUUGUAUUUGAUUCGUGAAUAAAUAGACAAUGAAAUUAUCAGAUAUGUAUGUAUAUAGUAGAAAUAUCUUCUUUCACUUCA